AUGGAACAUAUGAUUGCAGUUGAUGGAACUAGAAGGAAAGUAAAGUACAAAUAUUGUGUGAAGAUUGUCUUAGGAGGUGUUUAUGGAACUAGAAGGAAAGUAAAGUACAAAUAUUGUGUGAAGAUUGUCUUAGGAGGUGUUUACCAUUUACCAUUUGAAGCACCGUUUGACACGGAAGAAUUUGUAGCUAAGGUUUCAGAUACGCGCACGAUGUCUAGGGCUCCCAUUCUCAUUAAGGAGCUGGUCCAAGGGAACCAGGUGUGGAAAAUGCACAUCAGGGUCGUUGACCUGUGGGUUGUUACAGAAAAAACAGGGUAUCAACACCUAGAGUGUGUUUUACAAGAUGGAACGGGUGACCAAAUCCAUGUGACCAUUAGCCGUUGGGAUUUUAAAGAUUGGAUAGAGCAGAUCAAAGAGCAUGAAACUUAUUAUCUGUAUAAUGGGGAGCCUGUGGCUAAUGAUGGCCCUUUGAAAGUAUGUUCGAACCCUCUCAAGAUUCUUUUUAAUGGAGGCACUACUCUCACCAAGGUGGACAUGCCGGACAUCCCACCACACAAAUUCAACUUCCAUGCCAUUGAAAACUUUCUCAAUGGACAUUUCAAGCCUGAUAUGCUCUAUGAUGUUAUUGGUGUCUUGCAAGAUGUUGUUAAGACACAAAUGGGGGGUGGGGGUAAGAAGUCCUGUACCAAUAUCACAUUACGUGAUGUUGUGGGAAAUGCCAUUGAAGUUGCUUUAUGGGGUGAUUUUAGCAAACAAUUCAUGGACUACAAGACUCUUGGCAAACAUGUUGGUCCCACAAUUAUCAUUUUGACUCAUGCUUGGUGUAAGCCCAAUACAGUAUCUGGAUUACCAAGUCUAUCUAAUGCUUGGAAUGGCUCGAAACUCCUGAUUAACUUAGACCAUCCACAAGUGGAAACCUUCAAAACCAGUUUUGGAGCAGCUGAUUUGUCAAAUGCAUCCAACCUUUCUCUAUCACUAACUUGUGAUUCAUCCAUUCAAUCCACAAACCAGAAUUGGACUAGCCGUAAUGAGGUCAGGAUUAUCCGUGACAUUUAUGAAGGAGAAAAGGAUUGUUUUGCAACUACUAUUGGAACUACCAAACGAUUCAAGGCUUCAAGGUUUGGAUGGUUUUUUGAGAGCUGCCCAGGAUGUAAGAUUUCUAUCAAGUCCGUUGGAGGGAAAGUUGAGUGCCACUGUGGAGUUAAAGAUGUUGAACCAAUUACUAAAUUCAAAAUAGAAGUUGAAGUUGAAUAUGAUGGCUUUAAUGGAACCUUUGUCUUUAGGGAUAAGGAUUGUGUCCCAUAUACUAAACUGUCUGCUAAAGAGUUAAGAAAGCUCAUGAUAGCGAAUGGAGAAGACAACCCAAAAAUAUGGCCGGCUCAAGUUGACAAUUUGUUGAAUAAGGAAAUGGCGUUCCGUAUCAAAUUUCAAUCAUCUUACAAACAGUAUUCAAUUGUGACAAUUCUUAAUGAGGAUAAUGUUUACAACAAACUUAAGGGAUACCUAACCCCGGAUGAGGAGCAUACAUCAAAUGCUCCUGUUUUGGAGAUCUCCAAUUCUGAUCCAAAUCAUGAGCCAACUGAACCUAUUGUAAGGGCCUAA